AUGAAAGGCCGGAGAUGUUUCAUUGGCGCUGUGGCGAUAAAGGAUGGGUCAUUGAGUUGUUUUCCUCUGCUUCCUUUAAUGCCGCCCUGAACGUAUUCCUAUAUAGUUUUUAGCAUCUGAAGCAAAACGGAGCGAGUUAACAGCUGAAAGCACCAGUUUUCUUUUUUUACAACUGGAGUGACGUAAUUGCAAUUGGUUCACAAAGAAAGACAGGGUGAGCAGUGACAGCUGGCGAGUUGCUUAACAAUACGGUCAGAAUGGCAGGAGCUGGCAGAGGUUGUCAGAAGAUCAGGGGCUCUCAAAUACAAGACGUCCUAGACACAAAGCACAGUAUCCUCUUCGAUUGCGAUGGGGUAAUUUGGAAUGGCGAAAAGGCUGUGGCCGGUGCGACUGAGGUCGUGAGUUUAUUGAAAAAGCAAGGGAAAAACGUAUUUUUCGUGACCAACAAUUGCACCAGGCCCAGGGAUAUCUACGUGCAGAAGUUUUCCAGGCUGGGCUUCACAGACGUCGCGCAGGAAGAAAUCUUCAGUUCGGCUUACUGCUCUGCUGUUUACCUGCGGGAUGUAGCCAAAGUGCAAGGCAAAGUGUUUGUUAUCGGGGGCCAUGGGGUGUACAAGGAGUUGCGAGAGGCUGGUGUGCCCUUCGUGGAAGGAGAGGCGGACGAUCCGGACAUGACUAUAGUCAACUGUCCAUUAGACUCGGACAUCAAGGCCGUCCUGGUUGGAUACGAUGACAAGCUGACUUUCCUAAAAUUGGCCAAAGCUUGUUGCUAUUUGCAGAAUCCCGAUUGCCUCUUUUUGGCCACCGACCCUGACCCUUGGCAUCCACUCCGGGAAGGGAGAGUCACACCAGGUUCUGGCAGCCUCACCGCCGCCCUGGAGACGGCAACCGGCCGCAAGGCCACAGUCAUCGGAAAGCCCAGCCGCUUCAUGUUUGAGUGCAUCGCCAGUCAGUUUGGGGUAGAUCCCGCCGAAUCGCUCAUGGUCGGUGACCGUCUGGAAACGGACAUCCUGUUCGGGGUCAACUGUGGAAUGGACACCAUACUUACCCUCACGGGCGUGUCCACAUUGGGGGAGGCACAAGCUUAUAAAGAUGACCAGGCUCCAGAAAAGAAAGUCUACGUGCCUGACUAUGUGGUGGACACCAUUGCCGACCUCCUGCCUGUGAUAGAGGAUGACGAAUGAAGACUGAAGAUGACAUCCUCCCGACACUUCAUCCACCAUUGUUGAAGGACAUCUCAAGUAAACCCCCUGAACCACUGGUUGUUGAAUGCCUGGCAUGUUUAACUAAAUGCUCUCCCCGGAAUCCAUAACCUUAGGAUACCUCUGUUAAAGUGAAGCGUCUUUAUCCUAGUUCAGACCACGGAAACUGAAGUACUUCAUGACUGUUGUUCUUAGAAAUCAAAUGUGUUUUUGCAAUCCAGUGCAUAUAUGGAGAUGUCCAUAUACGUCAUUCCAGAUACUUUCUUUUAUAUACCUUCAUCAAUAGUAUGUUUUGCAGGUACUCUGUAAAGAAUCUUCUUAGGUUAGUAAUAUGUAAACCCAGUCUUGCUAAGUUUGAUACAUUCGCUGCUAAAUGUUCUAAAUCCUGAAGUGACGUCUGCUAAUAUAACCACCCAAAAAAGCAGUGAUCAGUUUAUCACCUGAUAAAUUUAUAGACUUUAAUAUCCUUCAACACCAUUGCUAAGUUUUUUUUUUUUUUUUUUUUCCCAAGGGGCGUACCUGAAAACUUUGGAUUGCUUACUACCCUAAAGGUUUUCAUCAGCUGCUACUAACUCGAAUACUUUUAUUUCCUACAAUUUAAAGUUGACGUUUACAAUUUUAAAAACCAAUUAUAUUAUGUGUGGCCAAUAUAAAAGCUGGGGUACAAGAGACAGGACCGUAAAUGCUGCAAACUAUGUUUAAGAGGUUUACAAAGGUGUAGACCCAGUCGUGGGUUAUGUAAUUUAUUCUUUAAAGUUAAGCAUAAAAAAAUAUUUUUUUUAAACAAAGGACAGCCACUGUGGAAUAUCCUUGCUUGCCAGAAUUAUAGUGGUAUUACUGUAUUUUUCUAAAAGCAUCCUUGUGGUUGAUUAUUUGCAGACUUUUCUUUCUUGAGCACACAUUUUAUGAAGGAAGUGUGAUGUUUACAACCAUUGAGCUCAGAAGCAUAGGCGUGGAAAAUCAGCAUUUUAAUGACAAAGUUGGUCUUGAA